UGUCACUUAGUACGCGAGAUUAGAUGGCAUUUGAAAAGUCGUCGAACUGUUGCUAGAGUGAACAGAGGUUUUUAGACGCAUAAGAGUUCUUCAGUUCAAGUAAAAAGAAAUUGAAAUGAAUGAGGUAAUCAAAAAGAUGAAGGCUUCUGGUUCUGAGGCAAAGUGCAGCAAUUAUUCCGGUGGCGAAUGGACAAAUUAUCACGCUAGAAUGAUUUCGAUGCCACGUAGAAACCUGGCAGCAUCUAUCUCGCUACUGCUUUGCACGAAUCUUUUUUCAUUUUUUGCACCAGCGGGAGUACUGGGAAUCAAGAUUUCAAAAGCGCCAUCUUCAUCAAAGAAGAGGAGCAGCGCCAGCAGCGCGGAAGGAGCGAGACAGCAGCAUUCAGCGUGUAAUGAUUCGUCGUGUUUUGCUUUUCUGUCUCAGCCACCACGAACGAGUCGAAGGUUGCAAAUAGGUUUGGUCGAUGGUUCAUCCUUUCAAAAGACUUAUGACCGAAGUGGCAUUAUCUUAUGACUGAAGUGGCAUUAAUAUAAUAAUAAUGCUAACGUAGAUCCUCGGCCGUGAGAUUCGUCUCUCAUGUUGGGCAGUGUUUAGUACGUGAAUGCAAUCUCAAGCGACACUCUCGUCCCUCCCUCUAACUCAAGCGCCAAAGUACUGGUAGCCUAAGCAGGCAGAAAAGCAGAGGCAGAGGAGAGGACGGUAGUACGGAACAUCUAGGCCUCUACCAGGCUUUGCCAGUUUUGCCUCCUCCGGCACAAGUCACGACCGCAGAUUCUGGCACAAGUCACGACCACAAGCUGGUAGAGACCACAAGCGGCAGACAAUAUCAUCACAGUCUCACACAAGAAGAUGAUCAUCCUGGUGUACAAGGUGCUGGUGUUAAAAAAGCAUCCUCAUCAAGUGGUGCAUUUAUCGGAAAAUUAGAGGCGAGUCAUUGCUUUAUCGAGGGGAAUGGCAGUGGAGAUGGAGGGCAGCGAAGGUUUCACAGUCCGCCAAAAGAGUACAUGUGGAAUGCAACAAUCGGGAUGGCGCACGAAGCAGCAUAGAAAUUCUCGUCUGCAACCUCUUUUUAUGUCAUAAGCAGGGAUGAAUAAUAGAUUUAAGAUGUAGAAGUUCUUGUUCACAUACUUACACAUUUGAUUCUGCUUGUACAUUGCAUGAACUUUGCAUAGGAUACUUAAUACAGGUAACAACCUGAAGAGCAAAAACGCAAUGAAAUCCUCAACUGCUUGCGAAACGAAUCUGAGGCUGCAUUCUAGCUCUAGGAAUCGCAUUCAGCGAAUUUCGACGCUGUUUGUUUGAUGAGAAUACGGAAACUAGUUGAUCCUUUUUUUUAGGAUGGCACGGUUCUUUUGUUGUUCUUCGUG